UCCACCGUUGCGGGCACGUUCCAAAUCCAAAUCCUCGUCCAGGUCCUGUUUGGAUGAGCUCGUAAAUUUCUGGCCUGCAACCAGACCAGACCAGACCAGACAUGGAGGCCAUCAUGAUGACGACCCUGCCCAACCUGACAGCGGAUGCUGCUGGUGACAGCAGCAGCUUUUGGCUAACCGGAGCCCUAUCGCUCUCCGAGAUUUUGGCCAACUCGAGCCACGGACCAACUGGCAACACAUCCUCCGCAACGGGGAAUCCAUCGGCUGGAUCCACCGCGGUGAAUGUGGCCAAGGACCAUGACAAGCACGUGAACGACAGCGUCUCUACGGGACUAAGCAAUUUGAGUUCAUAUCCCAGCUACAUCCACUACCGGGACAAAUACGAUCUGAGCUAUAUAGCGAAAGUGAAUCCCUUUUGGCUGCAGUUCGAGCCGCCCAAGUCGAGUACAUUUUUCGUGAUGGCCGCCCUGUAUUGCAUUAUUUCCGUGGUGGGAUGCGUGGGCAAUGCCUUCGUCAUCUUUAUGUUCGCCAACCGCAAGUCGCUGAGGACCCCGGCCAACAUUCUGGUGAUGAACCUGGCCAUCUGCGACUUUCUGAUGCUCAUCAAAUGUCCGAUUGCCAUAUACAACAAUAUCAAGGAGGGACCAGCUCUGGGAGAUGUUGCCUGUCGCCUGUACGGAUUUGUGGGCGGGCUGAGUGGCACCUGUGCCAUCGGAACACUCACCGCCAUCGCACUGGAUCGGUACAACGUGGUGGUGCAUCCACUGCAGCCUCUCAGGCGCUGUUCCCGCCUGCGCUCCUACCUGAUUAUCCUGCUGAUCUGGUGCUACAGCUUCCUGUUCGCCGUGAUGCCGGCACUGGACAUUGGACUGUCGGUGUAUGUGCCGGAGGGAUUUCUGACCACCUGCAGCUUCGACUAUCUGAACAAGGAGACGCCCGCCCGGAUAUUUAUGGCCCUGUUCUUCGUGGCGGCCUACUGCAUUCCGCUGACCGCGAUUGUGUACUCCUACUUCUACAUCUUGAAAGUGGUUUUCACCGCCAGUCGGAUUCAGUCGAACAAGGACAAGGCCAAAACGGAGCAGAAGCUGGCGUUCAUAGUGGCGGCCAUAAUUGGCUUAUGGUUUUUGGCCUGGUCGCCGUACGCCAUCGUGGCCAUGAUGGGCGUUUUUGGCCAGGAGCGGCACAUAACCCCGUUGGGUUCGAUGAUUCCGGCGCUUUUCUGCAAAACAGCCGCCUGCGUGGAUCCCUACUUGUAUGCAGCCACCCAUCCGCGGUUUCGCGUCGAGGUUCGAAUUCUGUUCUAUGGUCGAGGGGUCCUACGAAGGGUCUCCACCACCAGAUCCUCCUACAUGACCCGAUCCCGGUCCUCGUUCACCCACCGAUUGCGAAGCAGCAACACUGGAGAUGGGGGAAUGGGGGAUCACCGGAUGGAGAACUACCUGAUGAACAACAACCUGAUGAUGGUGCCCGAGGAAACGGAGGAGAACGAGGAGAUCGUCGUGGUGGCAGAGAUCAACCAUUCGGUAAGCAGUGCCAUGGAACAGAGUAAGUUCUAGGAAGGCACUUAAAUCUGUAAUGAUAUAAAAAAGAGGAUUUCAUGAAUCAAGUUGAAGUAAGAUAUAUAAAUUUCAUUCAAUGUGGUUAAACUCCAUUUUUAACGAGCUUAAUUUUAUGUAUUCUUAUAAAGAAAAAAAAACAUAAAAAGUGGCUUCACCAAAAAAAAAAAAUAAGACAGCAAUGUAAAUCUAUUUAGUUAGAACUCCGAAAAAAUAUCCUUUUAAAAUAAUUGUUUUUUAGAAUAUCAUGUAUAUAUGUACAAACUUUCCUUAUUUGCAACCAAAUAUUUAUAUAUAAAAUUGCUUAAAAGAUAUACAAGUUUCUUUUUCUGCCCCACAAAUUAAAUCAGCGAACACAAACUUUAUUAAUUUAGUUCUAAUUAGUUCAAUCCUUUCGGCGAAAUAAACUUUUUCUCAAGUAUAGACAUUUCUUUGUUGUACACUAAAGUUUAUCCUAGUUAAAUCUGUCAAUGCUCGCAGUCUUAUUUAGUCUGAUUGAAAGACGGCUAAUCAAAAUUGGUAUGGAUCGUCUCAAGUUUCCAAGGCAAUGCAGACAUCAUUGUUGGACUAAUCUCACUUAUGUGUGGAAAUAAUAGUACCAACUAAGAGCGGGACAAACGCAAAGUAAUUUCCCUCUCCAAUAAUGAAAGCCAAUGGCAUUGUUCACUGUGCUGAAUGCAAUGUCAUUGAUGGACCUACAAUUGAAAUCAAAAUAAUAAACAGAAGUGAAGCAGGGAAAUCCGCCGAGCAGUGGGAAAUGUGGGAAAUUGGCAAGGAACAGUAGUAGCAACCACAGUGGUGAUAUUAAACAUAUUUAAUGAGCUUAUGUGAUGUUUAGACAGCAAGAGGAGCACAGAAGUGUCUGAGUGUCCACAGUCGAUAAAUAUGUGAGGCCUAUUAUGUGUGGAGGUCAAGGCAAGGUCCAAAUUAGUACAAAGAGUGGGUGGACCUCAAUAAUACAUAAUUCCAGGGUAAGUCACUUGAAAUCAAGGACACGCCGCGGGCUUUAAAUGCUAACAAGCGGAUUUGCGGAUUAUUUGUAUUGUAGUUUAACUUUGGGGGAAUACAAUCGAAAUCGAUUGUGGGCUUCUUGAAUUUCAAUUCGAUUGUGAUGACAGCCGACAAGGAAGUUUUGUAAAAUCACGACAAAUUAAACAAAUUGCGUUUGUGUAUAUCGAUGUCUAAUCCGUUGGCUCUGUGUAUCUUAUAGGUAUUAUAAUAGAUUGUAUACAAUGUCUACUCUUAAACCUAAGUAGGCAAACGACUUUGAUAAAGUCAACGACGAGUACUUGUACCUGUAAGGAUAACAUAAUAUAAAGAGAGGGAAGCAUUGUAACUAAGCCAAAAAUAUGUAACGAAUUUAUACUCUUGAUACUUACUUAGCCGUAUCAUUUUAUAUAUGUACAUGUACGAGUAGAUCGGGUAAUGUAUGGCCACAAUGGGCUAUAAAACAAUGGUAGCGCCAGAUGAAUAAGUCUCGGCCAGCAUUUUAAUUACUAGAACACAAAUUUAAGCCAUUGUUGCGACAAAAUUAUAUAUUUCCUUCACUACGUGAACGAACAAUGGACACUGCUGUUUGUAACUGUGCUCAAAAUGGAAUUGCAGAAAAAACCACAAAAACAAGUAGAAGAAAAAGAAGAAGAAGGGGGAAAAACAAUGAGAAAAGCGGGGAAAAACCAUUUAAUUAGCAUAUUUAAAAUGCACUUUGACAGCAAUCUUGAGUGUGCAUUGUGUGUGUUUCACUUAAGCAGCUUCUAUUUAAAUUAGUUUAGCUCAGUAAUUGUUUGACAAGUACUUAUGUUUAUGUUAUGGCGGUAAUGUUGAAAACCAAGCAACUCGAAAU